CGCCGGGACCGGCGGGUCCGGCCCCCGCUGCCACCGGAAGGGCCCGGACCGGUCGCCACCGCCAGCAUGAGCGAGCGGGUGCUGUGCUCCGCCCGGGCCUCGGUGCUGCUCUACGACGACGCCCAAAAACAGUGGGUGCCGGCGGGGGGACCCCCCCAGAGCCCCAGCUGUGUCCAGCUGUUCCAUCACCCUGGCACCCUCGGCUUCCGGCUGGUGGGGCGGCGGCUGCACCCCGAGGGGCAGGUGGUGCUGAACUGUCCCCUGGCGCGGGGGCUGCGCUACAGCCAGGCCACCUCCCAGUUCCACCAGUGGCGCGAGGGCCGGCGGGUCUGGGGGCUCAGCUUCGCGGCCCCCCCCGAGGCUGCCCAGUUCGCCUCGGCCGUGCUGGGAGCGCUGCAGGCACUGGAGCAGGGUGGUCCCCCCGCCCCCCCAGGCACCCCCCUGUCCUGGCCCGACCCCGAUGGUUCCACCCCGGUCCAGCCGGAGCAGCAGGACAGGCCAGUAAUGGAUGAGUCCGAGCGCCGUGGGACGGCUGCAGUGGCGCCCCCAGGAGCCUCUCCCCCCCCUCCCCUCGGCCCUCCCCCACCUCCGGGCCCCCCCCCGCCCCCGGGGCCCCCUCCCCCCCAAGCCCCGGGGGUGCCCCCGGCCCCACCAUUGCCGGAGGGGGGGGGACCCGGGGGCGUUCCCGGGGGGGUCUCCGGCUUUGCCGCUGCCAUCGCGGGGGCCAAACUCAGGAAAGUCGGGAAGGAUGAGACCCCGAGUGGGGGUCCCACCCCUAUUCCCCCCCCCAAAACCGAUGGGGCCCCCCCACCCCGGGCCGGCGGUGGGGGGCUGAUGGAGGAGAUGAGCGCCAUGCUGGCCCGCAGGAGAAAAGCCACGGAGGCGCCAAAGAAGGACGAUGAUGUCACCAACGAGGAGGCGGAGCCGGGCGCGAGGACGGCGGGGCCGGCACCGGAGCCCGUACGGAGGCCCUGGGAAAAAUCCAGCUCCACCUUGCCCAGGAUGAAAUCAGCCGUUCCAGCUGCCCCCACCGAGUCCCACAGUGAGCUGGACCUGGAGCGAUUCAAACUGGAGCUGCUGGAGGAGGUGCGGAGGGAGCUGCAGAAGAUGAAGGAGGAGAUCAUCGAAGCGUUUGUGAUGGAGCUGCGGAAGCGGAACGGGCCCUGACCCCCCCCCCCCCCCCAUGCCCUUCAUGCCACGAGCCCGGAUUUUUGGGGGGAGGGGGGGUGGAAGGGUGUGUCCCCCCCCUUUCCCCUCAACACCCCCCUCACCAUUUCACCCCCUCACCACCCUGGGGGCUCCGGGCUGCAUCCCCCAGGCUGUGCCUUACCAGCGGGGGGGGCCCCGAGCCCCCCUACCCACACUGUGCUCCCCCACCGCCAAUCGGGGACCCCGAUUUUACACUUGGGGGGGAUGGGAAAAAGGGGAAACUCCCCUCUCCUGAUUUCCCACGCCCCCUUCCCCCUCCCGGGGACUUUUUAAAGCCACUUUUGGGUUUUUCACUUUUUUUUU